GGCCUCCGAGAAAUAGUUAUGGCGUCGGGGUGCCGGAUAGGUCCUUCCAUUCUGAACAGCGACCUGGCGGCUCUGGGAGCCGAAUGCAGGCGCAUGAUGGACUGCGGCGCAGACUACCUGCACCUGGAUGUAAUGGACGGGCAUUUUGUUCCAAACAUAACUUUUGGCCAUCCUGUUGUAGAGAGCCUUCGGAAGCAGCUGGGUCAGCAGUCCUUUUUUGAUAUGCAUAUGAUGGUUGCUAAACCAGAACAGUGGGUAAAGCCUAUGGCUGUUGCUGGUGCAAAUCAGUAUACCUUUCAUAUAGAAGCUACCGAUAAUCCAGGGGCCCUCAUCAAAGAUAUAAGAGAAAAUGGAAUGAAGGUUGGUUUGGCUAUCAAACCAGGAACCACAGUAGAUUUUUUAGCACCAUGGGCCAAUCAAAUAGACAUGGCUUUAGUUAUGACAGUGGAACCUGGUUUUGGUGGACAAAAGUUCAUGGAAGAUAUGAUGCCAAAAGUUCACUGGCUGAGAACCCAGUUUCCUUCUUUGGAUAUUGAAGUAGAUGGUGGUGUAGGGCCUGAUACUAUACAUAAAUGUGCAGAGGCAGGUGCAAAUAUGAUUGUGUCUGGGAGUGCUAUAAUGAAGAGUGACGACCCUAGAGCUGUGAUUAACCUUCUGAGGAAUGUCUGUUGUGAAGCUGCUCAAAAGCGUUCUCUUGAUCGGUAAAAUCAGGUUGCAGCCAAAUGGGUUGUGUUUUACUGUUCUCAUUAUGGGUGGGUUGGGAUACCAUUGUGGAAUAAACAAGACAUCAACUUUGGAGACUCAUUUUAUGACCAAAAAAACCCAAGCACAAUACAUAGUAAGAGUGUCUUGUGAUCUUGGAGAAAAUGCUGCUUGCUUGCUCCUUGAUUUCAUGCAGCAGUUUGUCAUGGAAAAGGUUUUUUUUUUAAUUUUUUAAAAUACAAAUGUAGUGAUUCCUUAAAAUGCUAAAUAAUAAACCCUUGAAUUGGAAAAGUUUGAAGAGUGACUUGGCCCUGAUGAACAAUUGUAGGUCUAAUCCACUUUAAGAAUAUAAAUGGAAGGGUAAAUAUGAGAAAUGGAAGGAUGGAAAUAAAUGGAGCAGGAAAUUUGCUUCAAUGUUCAGAAUAUGAAAAUAACAACAGCAAAAAUUGCAAACCAUUAAAAUGUUAAGAUCAUGGGUAUAUAAUCUGUAAAACUUUUAAAAAUUGCCAUCAGUUGUAACUGUUAACAUGACAGAAGGAAAAACUAUUAAAUACUUUGACAGUAAUUUACAUUAAAUGUUUUAAUUUUGCUAGAAUCCAUGCAAUUCUUGGUUGUACCCUCAGCCUGAAAAAGAAUGCAUACCUGAGCUUUGAGGCAAUGCUAAUUAUCAUUCAGCUUGUAUAAAUUAUUUGCAAAUUGAAAAUAAUUUGAUUUUUUUUAAUGCACACAUGCACAUCCUUUUUGUUCCCAAUUGACACAGCUGUUUCAGAAGUAGAUAUAAAGUUUAUACUAUAAAAGUAGUUAAGGACAUGUUAUGAUUUGGUGCCUGUCAAAUGCAUUUUGAACAAAAAACAGUCUUCUCUUCCAAUCAAGAUUGGCACAUCAAAUUACAACAUUUAUAUCAUUUUCUUAAGAAAAAUAUGAUAAUGAAGACAAAUAUUGCAAUUCUCUUUUUAGUGGAAUGUUUGAUAUUAAUCUCUUUAAUUGGCUUUAUUGAGAAUAUAUUUUGAAAUUAAAAAAAUAACCCGAUCCUUUACCUACCCUUUUUAUGCUGAAAAAACAGUAGGAGACAGUGUUAAAGAACAGGGAUGAACAGAUUUUUUUUUUAAAAAAAUGUUAAUCCUUGUAUCUCGAUUUGCAUAAACAGUAAGCUGAAGAGCAUAAAAGCAAGAAAAUAUAUAGAACCUUUUUCUGUUGUUCAAUUGUAUUAAAAUAAAUAUUUUUUACGCCAGGUCUGGGCAGAUGAGGUAGUUAAAUGCAUACUUUUUGUCGUUUUUGAAACUGAUAGCAAACUUUUAGGGAUUCUGGCUUUGGUCGAGGCCUCUAUUUAAUUUGCAAAGGUUGCAAUCCUGUACAAAUUUGGCUAAGAGUAAGCCCUAUUGAAUUCAACAGAAUAUUUGAUAAAACAUAAUAAAUUUGAUUAGGAAAUUUUGCAUGUUAAAAAUAAUACAAUGUAAUUAUUUACAUAGGUCUCUAAAUUCAUUUAAAAUAACUAAGUAGAAGUUAGCACACAUACAACAGGCAUCUAUAUUAGACCAAGCAAUGUAUAGUAUGUAUGAAUUGCAUCUCCUUCACCUGUCAGCAACUAUAAGAACAGAAGAUGUUCAGAAGAAAUUUAUUACUAUGAAAAAAAUUACUUACCAGAAAAAAGUAUUAUCAUCUUUCAAAUGAUCAAAACCCACCUUUUAGCUAAUUUUAAUAAAGAUGUAAAUUGGAAUUAGCUCUGUUUUAAGAGUAAGAAUCAAAUCAACAAAAUAAAAAUCGUUUUUAAAAG